AUGGAAGGCGGCGGCAAGCCCAAGUCCGCGUCCAACAGCCGCGACGAUGGCAACAGCGUCUUCCCCUCCAAGGCGUCCGCGACGGGGCCGGCGGUGGCCGACAAGCGCCUGGGGACCCCGCCGGGGAGCAGCACGGCGGGGAAGGAGCACGGUAACUCCGUGUGCUUCAAGGUGGACGGCGGGGGCGGCGAGGAGCCGGCGGGCAGUUUCGAGGAUGCUGAGGGUCCCCGGCGGCAGUAUGGUUUCAUGCAGAGGCAGUUCACCUCCAUGCUGCAGCCCGGGGUCAACAAAUUUUCCCUCCGCAUGUUCGGCAGCCAGAAGGCGGUGGAGAAGGAGCAGGAAAGGGUUAAAACUGCAGGCUUCUGGAUUAUCCACCCGUACAGUGACUUCAGGUUUUAUUGGGAUUUAAUAAUGCUCAUAAUGAUGGUUGGAAAUUUGGUCAUUAUACCAGUUGGAAUCACAUUCUUUACAGAACAAACAACAACACCAUGGAUUAUUUUCAAUGUGGCAUCAGAUACCGUUUUCCUGUUGGACCUAAUCAUGAAUUUUAGGACUGGGACUGUCAAUGAAGACAGCUCUGAAAUCAUCCUGGACCCUAAAGUCAUCAAGAUGAAUUAUUUAAAAAGCUGGUUUGUGGUUGACUUCAUCUCUUCAAUCCCAGUGGAUUAUAUCUUUCUUAUUGUAGAGAAAGGAAUGGACUCGGAAGUUUACAAGACGGCCAGAGCCCUUCGCAUUGUGAGAUUUACAAAAAUUCUCAGUCUCUUGCGUUUAUUACGCCUUUCAAGGUUAAUUAGAUACAUACAUCAGUGGGAAGAGAUAUUCCACAUGACAUAUGACCUCGCUAGUGCAGUGGUGAGAAUCUUCAACCUCAUUGGUAUGAUGCUUCUUCUGUGUCAUUGGGAUGGUUGCCUUCAGUUCCUGGUUCCUCUGCUUCAGGAUUUCCCACCGGACUGCUGGGUUUCACUAAAUGAAAUGGUUAAUGAUUCUUGGGGAAAGCAGUAUUCCUACGCGCUCUUCAAAGCCAUGAGCCACAUGCUGUGUAUUGGCUAUGGUGCACAAGCUCCCGUCAGCAUGUCCGACCUCUGGAUUACCAUGCUAAGCAUGAUCGUUGGGGCCACCUGCUAUGCAAUGUUUGUUGGCCAUGCCACAGCUUUGAUUCAGUCUUUGGAUUCUUCAAGGAGGCAGUAUCAAGAAAAGUAUAAGCAAGUGGAACAAUACAUGUCAUUCCAUAAGUUACCAGCUGACAUGCGCCAGAAGAUACAUGACUACUAUGAACACCGAUACCAAGGCAAGAUCUUCGAUGAGGAGAAUAUUCUCAGUGAACUUAAUGAUCCUCUGAGAGAGGAAAUAGUCAACUUCAACUGCCGGAAACUGGUGGCUACAAUGCCUCUCUUUGCUAAUGCGGAUCCCAAUUUUGUGACGGCCAUGCUGAGCAAGCUGAGAUUUGAGGUGUUCCAGCCUGGAGACUACAUCAUUCGAGAAGGAGCUGUGGGGAAGAAAAUGUACUUCAUUCAGCAUGGUGUUGCUGGUGUUAUCACCAAGUCCAGUAAAGAAAUGAAGUUGACAGAUGGCUCUUACUUUGGAGAGAUUUGUCUGCUGACCAAGGGCCGGCGCACUGCCAGUGUUCGAGCAGAUACAUACUGCCGUCUUUACUCCCUUUCGGUGGACAAUUUCAAUGAGGUUUUGGAGGAAUAUCCAAUGAUGAGAAGAGCUUUUGAGACGGUGGCUAUUGACCGACUCGAUCGGAUAGGCAAGAAAAACUCCAUUCUCCUUCAGAAGUUCCAGAAGGAUCUGAAUACUGGUGUUUUCAACAAUCAGGAGAAUGAGAUCCUCAAGCAGAUUGUGAAACACGACAGAGAGAUGGUCCAGGCUAUCCCUCCGAUCAACUACCCUCAAAUGACCGCCCUGAACUGCACAUCAUCAACCACCACCCCAACCUCCCGCAUGAGGACACAAUCUCCACCCGUCUAUACGGCGACCAGCCUGUCUCACAGCAACCUGCAUUCGCCCAGCCCCAGCACACAGACGCCCCAACCCUCGGCCAUCCUCUCGCCCUGCUCCUACACCACAGCAGUCUGCAGUCCUCCUGUACAGAGCCCCCUGGCCACGCGAACUUUCCACUAUGCCUCUCCCACCGCCUCCCAGCUGUCACUCAUGCAGCAGCCCCAGCAGCAGCUACAGCCGUCGCAGGCACCGCAGACUCAGCCGCCGCCGCCGCCCCAGCAACAGCAGCAACAGCAACAACAGCCACAGACACCUGGUAGCUCCACCCCGAAAAAUGAAGUGCACAAGAGCACGCAGGCACUUCAUAACACCAACCUGACCAGAGAAGUCAGGCCCCUCUCGGCUUCGCAGCCCUCGCUGCCGCAUGAGGUGUCCACUAUGAUCUCCAGACCUCAUCCCACUGUGGGCGAGUCCCUGGCCUCCAUCCCUCAGCCCGUGGCAGCUGUCCACAGCACGGGCCUUCAGGCAGGGGGCAGGAGCACAGUGCCACAACGUGUCACCUUGUUCCGACAGAUGUCCUCGGGAGCCAUUCCCCCUAACCGAGGAGUGCCUCCGGCACCCCCACCACCAGCAGCUGUGCAGAGAGAAUCUCCCUCAGUCUUAAACACAGACCCAGAUACAGAAAAACCACGUUUUGCUUCAAAUUUAUGA